AUGUCGACUGGUAGGCGCAGCAUGCCUCCACACGUCUCGGACCAACCCGUCAAGAAGCAGAGUAAGUGGUCGCCAGAAGAGGAUGCACUCAUCAUCGAGCUCCGGGGGAGUGGUAUGAAGUGGGAGGAUAUCUCCAAGCGUCUCCCCGGCCGAAGCGCCAUCAGCUGUCGCCUCCACUAUCAGAACUACCUCGAAAGACGAAGCGAGUGGGAUGAAGAGCGCAAGAACAAGCUUGCGAGACUGUACGAGAGAUUCAAGCCAGAGAUGUGGGCAAAGGUCGCGGAGGAAAUGGCCGUCCCCUGGCGAGCAGCAGAGGCCAUGCACUGGCAACUCGGCGAGGCUGAUAUGGCUCGACGAGCCGGUGUGAUUCCAUUCUCCCUCGCUGCCGUCAACGUCGAUAACAACAUCAACAAUCAUCGAAACUCCCCCUCUCGCAGCCACGCCCACUCAGCCUCCCAGGGCAGUUUGCCCCGUGACUUGCGAGCUCCAUCUCCUCGAGCCAUCUACAACCGGCCGCAACCCAUGGCAGGUGUCCCAAGCGGCCGCACCAUCAUCUCUCGCCGCGAGUCGAUUCCUCCGCCCCCGAUGCCCAUGGCACCCGACCCCAACGAACUUCACUACGUGCCAGGACCUGGCUUGGCCCCGAUCCAGAACCAACCACCACCGCGAGGAGGAGGACUUCUUCCAGGAGUCGCCGAGCUCACUACGGGUGUAAGCCCAUAUAGCACUCCUGCAGGGGCAGCAACAAUUCCCAUGACUACUCCGCCAAGCCAGGCACCACUUCUCCCCGCCCUCGCGAGUUAUUCCAUGGAAACGGCCGGAUUGAAGCGACGAGCUAGUCCCGAUGACCGGCUCCAGCGCGAGUCAAGCCAUAGGCGGCGCAUGGCAUAA